UCAGUACAUUUAAACAAGUCAAAAUUAAGCAGUGAAUUGUUGAACUCAAGUUAUUAUUAUUUUUUUUUUUUUUGAAUUAAUUCAAUUUAAAUUGAUUUUUAAGAAUGAUGUUAUUGUAUAUUGCACUUGGGAUUACAACACUCGUUGCUCCCUCUUUUCAACAUAGACCAAUUCAAAAUAUGACUGUAGUUCAUGUUUGGAAAAAUUUGGAAUAUGGUUUCGAUUGUGUUGAGGAUUACAAAUACGCCAUUCGAAGCAGAAGCUAUAUAGAAGAGGGAUUUAAGAGGCCUUAUGAUGUUGAUAUGGCAAUUGAUAAACAUGGUGAGGUGUCAAUUUUCAUCGCAACGCCACGAAUCGUAAAUGGAAUUCCAUAUACUUUAGCUAAAGUUUCUAAAAUAAAAGGAAAAUAUGGAAAAAAGUUGUUAGCAUAUCCUAACUUCCAAGCACAUUCAGAACGUGAUACUAAAGGCUGUUAUGACAGAAUAAUAUCAGUAUUUCGAAUGUAUAUCGAUGAUUGUAAACGAUUAUGGGUCAUCGAUAAUGGACGUAAUUUCUCAGCAGCACCUGGCCCAACACAAGUUUGUCCUCCCAAGAUUGUGGCUUACGAUCUUGCAACUAAUAAACAAAUAUUAAAAUAUGUAAUACCAACAUCACAUUACAACAAUCAAACUGUUUACAAUGGAAUAAUUGUCGACAUAAACGGUGAAUUACCACCAAGAGGUCGAUGUGAACAAGGAAAAGCUUAUCUAACUGAUGCUCGUGGAUUUUCAUUGUUGGUCUUUGAUUUUGAUUUUGCUCGACGACACCAUGACUCUUGGGUGAUUUACAAUGAUUUGUUCAAAGUCGAUCCUGCGUAUGGCAAUACGACAAUCAAUGGAGAAACGUUUCCAUUUCCAGAUGGGUUGUAUACAACUACUCCAGAUAAAAAAAGAGGACUAAUGUACUUGCAUUCGUUAACAUCGGUAUCUGAAGUAGCAGUAAGCCUAAAAACUGUAAAUAAUCGGCGAAAGUGGAAAAAUAAUCCCUCUGGCAAUCAAGAUGAUUUCCAAGUUAUUGGAACUAGAAAGACACAAUGUCCAGUUCAAGCUAUCGAUUACUAUGGCAAAAAUGUCUAUUUCUCCCAAUUUGAACCACUUUCAAUACUAUCCUGGAAUCCCGACAAAAGUUAUGAACCAUCGAAUUUUAAAACUCUUGUAGUAAAUACGGACUUACUUCAAUUUGUAGCUGGCAUGAAAGUCAGAUACAAUAGGGAUGGUAAAGAAUCACUUAUUGCAAUUUCUAAUAAAUUACAGAGACUGAAUACAGGUUCAAUCAAAAUUACAGAAAAUAACUAUUAUAUUUUAUAUUGUGAACUAGAAAAAUUGCAAGCUGGCAUAGAAGAAUGUGGAGAUCUUUUUAUAAGGCAUAACGAGGAUGAUUGUGAAAAAUGA